AUGAAACCCAAAAAAGUCCUAUUCUAUUUCGCUGAAUCCCCUUUCUUUGACGCAACCUCGAAUAAUGCCUCUCUCGCCGUCCAAGCCAGCUACAAUGAGGCCUUUCGUCAUUUCGUGGAGACUCGGGAAGCAUUUGAAGGUCGACUGAAAACGAUGCAAGGGCUGGAGUUUAUGGUCGCCUAUGAUCCAUUGCAGGCUGCAGCACAGUCGGAGACCAGUUUCGCGCAUGAGCCGUCUAAUAUCUGGGUUAUUCGGAAACAGACCAGACGAAAACGCGCUGGAAUGGAGGAUGAGGUGGUGGUUCUCUCGAUUUAUUUUGUGGUGGGAGACUGUAUCUACAUGGCGCCAUCGGUGUCGAGCAUCGUGGGGAAUAGAAUCCUCUCAGCCGUCACAUCACUCACGAAAUUGCUGAGAACGGCGUCUUCAUUACCUAUUUUCACUCCCUCUUACGGUCAUACAUAUAUCCCACCUGCGCCCAGGCUCACAGAUGAGGUAACGCCGGGAGCCCAGAGCCAGCAGCAAAGCAAAGAGAACACGCCUAUGCCAGAUGCGGAGACUAAGGCGAAGGCUUCGUUGGCUGAGUCCUCCACCAUGCAGGAUACGAGAAACUUGGCGGAAGCAUUCAGUCUUCUUUCGAGGUAUGGCGAUGAAUAUAUGGAUGAAACGCCUCUAGUUGGAGAACCUGGGUCCUUCAUAUUAUCAAAAUCGGGCGAGACAACUGCUGCCGCCACAGCUUCUACUGCCAAAGCGGCUCCAAACACAAGUAACGUCACAAAUGCUCCCACAAGAACUGGGACUCCCAGCAUCAAGGGGGAGCCGUUAGUGUUAUUACCUGGGAAAGCAGCAGAAAAGCCGAAUACCCCAACUCCAGAAGGAGGAAAGCCGAAGAUAAAGAAGAUCAAAGCGUGA